CCCAGUCUCAACCGACUCCACUCGUCGACCAGCACCUCCAGCUCCACCCCCCACAUCAACAAUGAAGUUCGUCCAGAUCCUCGCUCUCGCUGCCCUCGCUGUUGCUGCUGUGAACGGACAGACGAAUGCGACCACGGAUGCGACCCCGACAGUGGCGACAUCUUCCUCCACAGCUUCUUCAGCCGGGUCGGCUGCUCUGACAGCGGCGACGGCGCCCGAAACCGGCGCCACGACGACGACGACAUCGUCGGACGCUGGUGUCUCUGAGACGGUGGGCGCGGGCAGCGCUGCGGUGGACUCGACGACGGUGGGGUCGUCGAGCUCAACGGGUGCGGUGGACGCUGGCGACUCAACCUCAACGACGACGAGUUCUUCCAGGGAGGCUGACUCGACCAAGUCCAAGUCCAAGUCGACUGCGGGAUCAACGGGUGCGUCGGGCUCGAGCAGCGGUGCGGCGCAGGUCACUGGUGCCAUGGGUGUCGCGGCGGCGACUGUCAUGGCUGUCGGCGCGUACUUCCUGUAAGAACGAAUGAUCGGAGCUGAGACUUUUGACUAUAACAAGCAUUGCGUGUUCGUGUAAUAGACCAUCCUUCCAACGU